AGUCGAUUCGUGAUGUACUUGAAGCCGAUUGGCCCAGAAACCCUCGAAUGAUCCGCUCGGAGUUUGCACUGAGGAUAGGGUAACCGAGUCCAUCAUUAUAUAAGGGGAUGGUGAUGCUUUCAAGUGGACCCGAAGUGCAAACAAAGUCAGCCGGUGUGUUUAUGCGACUGGGACCCGGGCAGAGCAACCGAAGCUGGACGAAGCUUCACGUGUUGAGCAGCAUUCUUCGCUUCCAGGUCCCAAACGCUGGUCGACGAGUCCUUUGUUAAGCAGGUGGAGCAGAGAGGAUGGGAGGGGGAGGCCAACAGAAAGAGGAGGGGAAGUCCGACAGCGGCAAGGCUGGAGGGGUUUACACCUGGGAGGACGUGAAGACCCACAGCACCAAGACCGACCAGUGGGUGGUCAUCAACAGGAAAGUUUACAACGUCACCGAAUGGGCCAAGAGGCACCCGGGAGGAUUCCGUGUCCUGUACCACUACGCAGGAGAGGAUGCCACGGAGGCGUUCAGCGCUUUUCAUCCGGACCAAAAGCUUGUGCAGAAGUACAUGAAGGUCGUGCAGAUCGGAGAGCUGGCAGCAAGUGAGCCCAGUCAGGACCAAGACAAAAAUGCAGCGGUUAUGAAGGAUUUCCAGGACUUACGCGUGAAGGCUGAGAACCAGGGUCUGUUUCGAGCCCAGCCCCUGUUCUUCUUCCUCCACCUCAGUCACAUCAUCCUGCUGGAGGUCCUCGCGUGGAUGAUGGUCUGGUACUGGGGGACAAACUGGAUCCUGACGCUUUUGUGUUCAGUCAUGCUGGCGACUGCUCAGUCUCAGGCCGGGUGGCUGCAGCACGACUUUGGCCACCUGUCUGUGUUCAAGAAGUCCCGCUGGAAUCACCUCGUGCACCACUUCGUCAUUGGCCAUUUGAAGGGAGCCUCUGCCAACUGGUGGAAUCACCGGCAUUUCCAGCACCAUGCUAAACCCAACGUCGUCCUCAAGGACCCGGAUAUUAACAUGCUGAACCUGUUUGUGCUUGGAGAGAAACAACCAGUGGAGUUUGGCAUAAAAAAGAUCAAAAAUAUGCCCUACAAUCACCAGCACAAGUACUUCUUUCUUGUGGCGCCACCUCUGCUCAUUCCAGUUUUCUUCCACAUUCAAAUUAUUCAAACCAUGCUCAACCGCCGCUACUGGGUGGAUCUGGCCUGGUUCCUGACUUUCUAUAUUCGCUACUUCGUCUGUUAUGUACCUGUGUAUGGUGUAAUUGGUGCAACUGCCCUUCUCUUCUUCGUCAGGUUUAUGGAGAGUCACUGGUUUGUGUGGGUCACUCAGAUGAAUCACCUUCCCAAGGAAAUAGACUACGAGCGGCGCCAGGACUGGCUGAACAUGCAGCUGGAAUCCACCUGUAAUGUAGAGCAGUCCUUCUUCAACGACUGGUUCACCGGACACCUCAACUUCCAGAUCGAACACCACCUCUUCCCCAUGAUGCCCCGACACAACUACCACCUGGUGGCUCCGCAGGUGGAGGCGCUGUGUAAGAAACAUGGCAUCCCUUACCAGACCAAAACUCUGUAUCAGGCCAUGGCUGAUAUAGUCACGUCACUGAAAUCCUCAGGGGAACUCUGGCUGGAUGCAUAUCUCCAUAAAUGAUCCGUUUCGUCCUAGAAGGAGUCACGUUUUCCUCUAGUCCUGUAUCAAAUUCAUCUAGUUUGUUUGGUUUGAAAUGCAGAAUGGGAAUAGUCUUUGCUUUUUAGGCUGGUGUUAUAGGUGUUUUGAUGUUGUGUAGCGCUCCUUUAGUGAUCACACACUUUCUCAGACAUCAGUAGUCGUAAUAAGCCAUGCAGUCAUUGAAACUGACCGAGUUAUUUAAAAAGCUGUUUUUGUUUCCUUGCCAAGUGAGUUCAAACUAUGUAAUUCUGUGAGCAAACAACUAAUUUAAUGUGACUGAGGGUUUAACAUGUUGACAGCUUGUAAUUUCUUAUCAAACUUAACAUUUUGUUCUAAACUACAUUAAUAAAGAAACUAUGUUUCUACUAAA